AGCCGCCAUGGAGACUCUUACCAACACCACUGGAUUAUUACCUUCCGUGUUCACCGGAGAGCUGGAGGCGCGCAGACCCAGCUUGUGGAGACCCUGGGUGGGAGAUGACGGACACGCGCUGAGACGCAAAUCGGAACAGAUGCGUCACGAACCCUCUGGAGCCAAGCAUCCAAAAGCCCCGCAGGUCGUUCACCCAGUCAAGUUGUUCUGGCCCAAAUCCAAGUGCUUCGACUACCUGUACCAGGACGCAGAGAUGCUCCUGCGCAACUACCCGGUGCAGGCGACCAUCUGCCCGUACCAGGACUCCAGCAGCGACGAAGACAGCGACGAGGAAGACGAGGAGAUGAUGGAGAAAGAGCUGAACUGA